CCGCAGCUGCCGCGCCCGAGGAUGGGGCGGCGGUCCCGGCGGCGCCCAGCUCCGUGAGAGACGCCUGAGGUCGACCUCGAAGGACGAGCGACGCGACGAAGGCCAACAUGUCGGUGAUCUGCCAGACCUUCGUGCAGAACGCCUGGAGGAAGGACCUCUGCUCCAACUGCUUCAAGUCCAAGGACGAGCAUGGAGGGGGAGGUGGAGGAGGAGGGGACGGGGGAGGGGGCGGUAGAGGAGGAGGAGGAGGAGGCGGGGGGAGAGGUCCCAAGGGCGUGGAGGGGCUGGCCGACGACAGGCUGGGCGAGGACGAGGGCGUGGGGCUGUCCUCGAGGGGCAGCCGCGGCGGGGGCGACGAGGGCGGCGUGGGCGGCUCGCGCAGGUACGUGGGCGUCGCCGGCAGCGUGUACCAGCGCUCGUACUACAGCCGCAACUCGUGGAACUCGAUGGUGAUCGCCAAGUCGGCCUCGAACCUCAAGUCACCGCGCCUCAUCAAGGACAUGUCGAGCCUGGUGAGCCGCGAGAACGAGAAGAACCUGCUGCUGAGCGGCGCCGAGGGCAGGGCCGCGCCCGCCGCCGACGCCGCCCUGCGCAGCUCGCGCCUCGUGCAGCAGGUACGCAGCCAGAGCGAGGCCAGGCUCCUGAGCGAGCUGCUGGGGCAGGGGCGCGCGCCGGAGCCCAAGGGCGGCGCUGCGGACGACAAGGGCGACGCCAGCAGCGACCUCGGCUCCGACGCCAGCCACGACGGGUCGUCCAGCGCGCCCUCCAGCUCCGCCUCGUCGGAGGCGUCGGCCUCGCUGGCCAAUAGCGACACGGCCUCUCUCAGGAGCGAGGCGGAGAGCCACCACUCCGACCUGGAGAAGGAGGAGACGACGCACGCCGACGACGAGGAGGAGGAGGAGGAGGAGGGACCACGCGAGGCGGAGGCGGAGGCCGAGGGUGAGGAGCCGGAGGAGGAGCGGGCGCCUCCCCCCGUGGGCAUCCUGAAGAAGUCGAGCGCCCCCAGGGAGCGCGGGCCGGGCCGGGGCGCCAUCGCCUUCCGCGCGACGCUCGAGGAGGUCAUCGGCUACGGCGGCGACGUCGACUACUCCGACGACGAGGACGACCUCAUGGACGACGACGACGACGACGACGACGACGAGGACGACUUCGCGCAGCUGAGCCCCGACGAGCGGGUGCUGCGGCGCCUCACGGAGAAGAACACAGACUUCAACUCCGACAACGACAACCUGAAGAAGGACAUCGAGGAGCUCCUGCCGUCCGUGAAGGAGCUCGAGGAGAAGCGGAAGAUGAUCCUGGCGGAGAUCGAGGAGCUGGAGCGCCUCGGCAGGGAGAACAGGAGCCGCAGCGAGGGCGCCAAGCUGGAAGCCGACCUCAAGAGCGGGGCCGCCAAGGACGAGCAGCCGCGGCCGGAGGGCGGCAAGGUCAAGCUGAAGCGGUCGCCGCCGCUGGUCACGGUGAAGCCGCUCAUCGCCAGGAACAACGCGGACCUGCGCGUCAACCAGGUGCUGCCCAUGAAGAACGGUGAGGUGGUGCGCCCCGCCCUGGCGCCCGCCGGGGAGGGCGUGGCCGACGACGAGGACGUGCCUCUCAAGGGCAUCAAGCCCAAGUACGUGCCCCGCGAGGAGGAGAUGGUCGAAAAGACAGUCAUCCAGGAGGAGGAGGAGGAGGAGCUGCAGAAGACGAGCAAGAGCACGAAGGGGAAGGUCACGUCCAUCGACGACCUGCUGGCGGCUCCCGCGGCCCCCGCCGCCGCCCCGACGAAGGUCACCAAUAUCGACAGCAUCCUCGCAGGAGGCACGGACGCAGCGGACGCGGAGAGCAACGCGCAGAAGGCCAAGGAGGUCGACCCUCCCUCGCCCGCCAUCGAGACGCCGCCGGCUUCGUCGGUCGCGCCCUCAGACUCGCGUCUCUCGGCGAACGCUGAGCCCAAGCAGCAGGUGGAGGACCCGUCCCCUGCAGGCGUCUGCGAGGCGAAGGAGGCGAAGGAGCCCCUCAAGGCCCCGCCCACGUCCGCGCCCAGGACGUCCCUGGCGAAGCCGCUCAGUCCGGGGGAGGCGACUUCGACGACGGAGGAGCCUCGCAGGGCGCCCGAGGCCUCGCCCCGGGAGUCCCCCCGCCAGGUCUCCCCCCGGGAGUCCCCCCGCCAGGUCUCCCCCCGGGAGUCCCCUCGUCAGACCUCGCCCAAGGAGUCCCCCCGGCAGCCCCCUCCGGAGAAGCCCAAGUCCCCCCCGAGGCCCAGCCCUCCGGAGACGCGUCCUCUCGCGGCGAGGAAGACCAGCCUGGACACCCCCAGGGCCGCAGAGGCCUCGAGGACGAGCCCGGACGCCGCGCACAAGCUCUCGGCGGGGACCCGACGCCGGAGCGUCGAGGCCAGCCCCGAGGCGCAGCUGAAGGAGGCGGUGAACAGCAAGGUACAGACGCCCCGCCUGGAGGCGCCGCUCGCCGAGGCAGAGGCGCCCCCGGCGGCGGAGAGCAUCCCCGUGGCGAGCGAGACACCCCGCAGGCCCUCCGUGGCCAAGACGCCGUCGCCCGAGCUGGCCAAGACGCCCGCCAGCCGACAGAGCAGCAACUCGAGCCUGCUGACCACCUUCGGCACGCCCAUCGUGGUCGCGUCCAGCCCGCAGAACUCGUCCUUCCUGCACGCGGCGUCCACCCGCUCCAUGUACGAGGCGCCCUACGCGCCGCCCUCGCCCGCCUACACGCCCGCGACGCCGGACUUCCUCAGGGACAUCAAGGCCCCUCAGGAGGCGGCGGCGCCCACGGCGGGGAUCCAGAAGUCCGCUCUCUACGCCUCUACCUCCUGCCUGAAGGGCCUGCCGGGCGCCAAGCCCGUCAUCACGCCCAAGCCGCCCAUCCUCAAGGACAAGCCCAAGGUCUCCUACCGGUCGUCGGGCAGCUCCUCCCCGCGGGUGUACGCGACGCCCGCGCCCAUCGCGCCGCGCCACUCGGUCGGCUCCAUAUCGGGCGCCGUGUCCACGCCCAACCUCGCGUCGCUCGCCGUCGAGGACCGUAGCGACGCUAUGUCCACGUCCUCGGGCAUGUCGGAGGCGUCGUCGGCGGGGUCCCGGCCCGACGCCGCCGCGCCCAAGCGGCCGCCGCCCACCACGCAGGCGCCGGCCGUGCCCGCGCAGCAGGGGCGGCCCCCACGCGUGGCGGAGGCCGUGUACGACGUGCCCGUAGCCGUACACGCGGGCGCCGCCGGCCUCGCGAGGCCCGCCCGCGACCCGCGCGACGACGAGACCAUCUACCACGAGAUCGACGACAGCCUCCAGGCCGCGGGCGGCGCGCGCGACGCCCCCCCGGGGCCGCCCGCCGCCUCCAGCGCCUCCUCCUCGCCGUCCGGCUCCUCUGUGGACCGCCACGAGUCCACGCGGUGCCAGUCGAGGUCCACCUUCGAGGCCAACCGCAGCCUGCUCUCCGCCGCCCUCGACUUCGGCACGAAGGCCACGAGGUCCAGCUCCAGCAAGCGGCCCGCGCCGCGCCCGCCCGCCGAGGGCGAGGCGGGCGGAGCCGAGGAGGAGGAGGAGGCGGGCCGCGAGGAAGAGAAGGAGGACGAGCGACAAAGGCACGAGGGGAAGGAGGAGGAGGAGCAGCGCGAGAGCCACGGAUACGGCCACGCCCUCCAAGUCCCCAGCGACAACCGCGACGGAGAGUCCUACUCGUCCUUCACGGACGACUUUGACGACGACGACGACGACGACGAGGAGCCGCCGCCCCUCAGGAAGGCCGAGCGGUCGUCUUCGGCGGUGCCUUUCUACAGGAACUCCAUCGGGCCCGUCGGGGCGAGCGGCGCCGAAGGUGCGGAGGUCGCGGCGUGGGCGGGCGCGGCGGUGGCGACGGCGCCCAACCCCGAGGCGGCCGCGUGCGGAACGGCCUCGAGGCCCGCGGCGUCCAGGUCGCACUCGGUGCCGCGAGCGAGCGCCCAUGCGGUCAGCCUCGACGCCUCCGUGGCCGCCGCAACGGCCGCCGUGCUCGUGCCACAGAGCUCGGCCUCGACGGCGUCCUCCUCGUCCAGGUUCAGCUUCGGCAGAUCAGGCUUCUUCCGGCCGUCGUCCCCGCCCACGGCCAAGCGGGGCGGCGAGGGCGAGGCGCGAGGGCGGGACAGGACGAAGAAGGGCGGCGACGCGGGAGCAGGAGGAGGAGGAGGGGGAAGAGGCUCCUCCUCACGCUUCUCCCUCAAGAAGCUCCUGCGGCUGGGCUCGUCCUCCUCCUCCUCCUCCUCGACGUCCAAGGAGGAGGAGAAGAGGAAGGCGGCGGCGGCGGCGGCCAGGGAGCAGGAGAGAAGGGAGCUCCUGAGGGAGGCCAGGAAGUCGCGUCUACAGAUCAUCCAUCCGCUCGACUACCACCAGGACGGAGUGCAGGUCAUAGCGCGCCCUGAGAAGACGACGCCCAUCUACGACUACACGGGCAUCUACGGGUACGUGCCCCCGCCCCAGGGGAUGCAGCCGAAGGGCGCCGCCGGCAAGGGCUCGGCGCAGGAGGAGCUCUACGCCUCCCCCGCCGCGCUCCUGCAGGCCCCCCCGGAGCCGCCCCCCCUGCCCUCGGGCGGCGUCGAGAUCUACGCCAGCGUGCCCUGCGCGCCGCCCGCGGGCGCGGCGCUCGAGAAGAAGAGCUCCUUCCUCAGGAGGGCCCCCCCGGAGCCGCCCCCCCUGCCCUCGGGCGGCGUCGAGAUCUACGCCAGCGUGCCCUGCGCGCCGCCCGCGGGCGCGGCGCUCGAGAAGAAGAGCUCCUUCCUCAGGAGGGAGCCGGCGCUGGAGCGGCGGGAGUCCUUCGCGAGCGAGAGCAGCCCCGCCGGCGCCGCGCCGCCCGGCCACCUCGGAUUCAACUCGGAAGGUCGGCCCAAGCCGCCCCCUCCCCCCCGCAAGGUGUCGCUGGAGUCGAGCCAGGGCGCCGAGGCCACGCCCCCCUUCGCCGACGACGCCCCCGCUCACGCCCACCUCCGGCCCCAGCGCCCACCGCCGCCCACGCGGACCCCGAGCAGCGCAGGUGACGUGCGUGCCCCCAUCACCCCCAGGAAGCCCGGCAGGACGUCCAGCAUCCGCGGAGAGGAGGACAGGGAGAAGAGGAGGGCGCCGCAGCCUCCCGCUGGAGCGCAGGACGCCCCCCUCCGCGGCCAGAUCCGGCACCAGCACGAGGACAGCACGAGCAGCACGGGCAGCGGGUCGAGCGCGGGCGUGGGGGCGGCGAGCGCACGGGCGUCCAAGGGCCCCGCGCCCGCACGCCCACAUCAGCCGCACGUGAGCCCCGCCGCCGCCCUUCGUUGGGGGAGGAUGUUGGGAGUGGAUGUUUGCGUGCGAGAGGAUGUCUUUGUCUGCGUGCGAGAGGGUGUCUUUGAUUGCGUGCGAGAGGGUAUCUUUGUCUGCGUGCGAGAGGGUGUCUUUGAUUGCGUGCAAGAGGGUAUCUUUGUCUGCGUGCGAGAGGAUGUCUUUGUCUGCGUGCGAGAGGGUGUCUUUGAUUGCGUGCGAGAGGGUACCUUUGUCUGCGUGCGAGAGGAUGUCUUUGUCUGCGUGCGAGAGGGUGUCUUUGAUUGCGUGCGAGAGGGUACCUUUGUCUGCGUGCGAGAGGAUUCAAUUAAUCUCUAA